CCUCAAACCAUGAGCUCAACUCUCAGCCUCAGCGAGACCGUGUCCGGUAACGGUCACUCAGUCAAAAUCUCCACUGGCUUGUUCAUCAAUAAUCAAUAUGUGAUCGGAAACGGAGAGCCGAUUGUUUCUAUCAAUCCAUCGGAUCAAUCGAUUUUGGCCGCAGUACAUUCUGCAUCCGAGCAAGAUAUUGAUUUGGCUGUCAAGGCUGCCAAGUUAGCCUCUGAGACCACAUGGGGUACAAAUGCACCAGGCGCUGAUCGAGCUAGACUGAUGAACAAAUUAGCAGACUUAAUGGAAGCCAGACUGGACGAUCUUGCAUUUCUAGAAACCGUUGAUUCUGGUAAAGGUAUCACUUGGGCGCAAGGAGAUAUCACAGAUAGUAUUGGAACUUUUAGAUAUUAUGCUGCACAAGCCUUUUCUGCUACAGAUGGAAAGGUUUUGGAAGGAAAUGAUCAAACUGGGAUUUCUUUCACUCGACAAGAACCCAUACCUGUAGUUGGACAAAUCGUACCUUGGAAUUACCCAAUCAUGAUGAUGGCAUGGAAAGUAGCACCAGCACUGGCAGCAGGAUGUGCAAUCGUUUUCAAACCUGCCGAACAAACUCCACUUUCCACUUUAUUAUUUUGUGACUUAAUCAAAGAAGCAGGUUAUCCAGCAGGUGCAUUUAAUUGCGUUAACUCUUAUGGUCCUAUUGGUGGUCGUGCUAUAUCUCGUCAUCCUGGGAUUGAUAAAGUAGCUUUCACUGGAAGUACGGCUGUUGGAAAACAAAUUGCUGUUGAAGCUGCACAGAGUAAUUUGGAAUUGGGUGGUAAGAGCCCCAAUAUUGUCCUAGAAUCAGCAGAUCUCGAACAAGCCGCAGCUUGGUGUUGUUUAGGAGUUUUCGAGAAUAUGGGACAAUCAUGUACAUGCUCAUCAAGAAUUUUAGUACAAUCGUCAAUCUAUGAUGAAUUUAUGAAACAUUUUCUAAAAAAAGCAAGUUCUCAUCUAGUUGGUGAUCCAUUCAAUCCAGAUGUAUAUUCUGGACCACAAAUCUCCGUCCAGCAUUUACAAAGAAUUAUGAAUUAUGUCAAAAGUGGGGUUGAAGAAGGUGCAAAGAUUGCUUUGGGAGGUAACACUCUUUCCAAAGUCCAAAGAUUUGGUACUAAGGAUUCGGAUCCGAAUGGAUGGAUUGAAGGUGGAAAUUUUAUGGAACCUACCAUUUUUGUGGAUGCUGAACCAUGGAUGAAGAUUGUGAAAGAAGAAAUAUUUGGACCGGUAGCAGUGGUGAUGAAAUUUGACACAGUAGAAGAAGCUAUCAAGAUGGCAAAUGAGACGGAAUAUGGCCUAGCAGCAGGACUUCAUACCGAAAAACAAGAUCAAGUAAUUCGAAUUGGUUCAAAAUUAAAAGCUGGAACUGUAUGGAUCAAUUCAUAUGCAUUCUGUCCUCCUAAUGUGCCAUUCGGUGGGUAUAAGUCUAGUGGUUGGGGACGCGAAUUAGGCCAAAAAGGUAUCGAAGAAUAUACAAUCACCAAGAGCUAUCAAUGGAAUUAUAGCCAAAGAUUCAGUUGGCCUUUCAAGUUAGAAGGAAUCACCAAGUUAUAAUCGUUGCAAGAAUUUGGUCACCAUGAGAAUUCCCUAUAGAUAUUGACCAAUUACGAGUUUUCUAGUUAAAUUGUUCAUAGCUAUGUAGUGGGAAUGGUGCUUGAAUAUCUUUCGUACCUGUCAUAUUUCCUCAAACCCAGAAUGAAAAUAACAUGAAUUUUGUAACACCAAUAAUCAAAACAUAUCCAGGAAUGCC